CAGCACAAGAGACCAGACUGUCUGCCAGUGAGACUGAGGUGGAGAACCUGAAGAUGGAAACUGCAGCACAAGAGACCAGACUGUCUGCCAGUGAGACUGAGGUGGAGAACCUGAAGAUGGAAACUGCAGCACAAGAGACAGAGCUGGCAGCAGUGAAGACCAGACUGGCAGAUACUGAGACUGAUGUAGUGAAUCUGGAGAAAGAGAUCACAGAGCAACCCAAGGUGGCAUUCUCAGCAGGGCUGACUAACUCAGGAUUCAUAGAGUCUGGGAAUACUGACCUGAACUUGGUCUUCACUAAAGUCAUCACCAAUGUUGGACAGGCCUACAGCAGCACAACAGGCUUCUUCACAGCUCCAGUCAGGGGAGUCUACUACUUCAGAUUCACUGUUGCAGAUGUACUAUCCUCACGCUCAAUGACCAUCAGGAUGUGUAAGAAUGGAGAGCAGAUCAUGUAUUUACAUGAGUAUGAUACUGAUGGACAGGUCUCCUAUCUGUCCAGUGGUGCUACUCUGCAGCUGGAGGAGGGAGAUGUAGUUAACAUGCGACUCCCUGCAGGCUACAAGCUCUUUGAUAAUACUAAUAAUUACACCACCUUCAGUGGCUUCCUGCUGUUUACUCUCUGA